AUGCCAGACCAACUCAAGGCAAGCGAGGUCAACUCAAAGACCGACCCCUCUGUCGCGAAGCAGUACGACGAUGAGACGCCCAAGGACCAGCAGAUUGAGGAGUUUUACAAGAUGGUAGACAGCAAGAAGAUCUGCAUGCUCAACACCUACCGUAACGGUGUCGGCCCCGUCGGACGCUCCAUGGCCCUCGCCCGCCGCGACGGCCCCGACUUCCUCUUCCUCAGCAACGCACACUCAUCCAAAUUCUCCGAUCUCUCUCAAAACAAAGAAGUUCAAAUCACCUUCCAAGACAUCCGAAGUCAAGACUGGGCCUCCAUCACCGGAACCGCCACAACAACCGACAACAGCGACCCCCGCAUCAAGGAAGUUUGGAGCCGGGGCGCCGCAGCCUGGUUUGGUGACCUUGGCGACGGCAAGCACACUGGCGGCCCUGAGGACCCGCGUAUGACGCUGAUUGAGAUUAAGAGCAAGUAUGUCAGUUACUAUGCGACGGAUGUGAGUGUACUGGGUUACGCAAAGGAGGUUAUUGGAGCGAAUAUCACGGGUGGUGUUGCGAAUACAGGCAAGUUGAGGGAGUUGAAGGAGGCGGAUUUGGAGAAGGCGAGGAAGAUGUAA